AUGCCGGUAAAAUUUAAGUGGCCAUGGAUGGGUAUUGCAAUCCCUUGUGUUUUAAUAUCAUUUAUUGGCUACCUAUCACAUUACUAUAUUCUAAGACAGCAUCUAUCAUUGAUUAAACAAUGCUAUUUCGAAUUUUCACUCACUAUGAUUUGGGUCUCAUAUUACAUGGCUAUCAUUAUUAAUCCAGGUAAACCAGGUAAGAAUUUCAAACCGUUACCUCAUGAAUGGAGGAAUUUUUGUAAGAAAUGUAACAACUACAAGCCAGAGCGUUCUCACCAUUGUAAAACUUGUAAUCAAUGCGUGUUGAUGAUGGAUCACCAUUGUCCCUGGACAAUGAAUUGUAUUGGCUUUAAUAAUUUCCCACAUUUUAUGAGAUUUUUAUUAUGGAUUAUGGCCACAACAGGCUUCCUUUUGUUCUAUCAAAUUAAAAGAAUCAUAUAUAUGUGGAAUAAUAGGAACUUACCAUCUUAUCUUUUCGAAAGAUCAGAAGUCAUUGCGUUAUUCGUAUGCACACCAUUAAACUUAUUUAUUUUACUAACAAUUACAUUACUAUUCUGCAGAUGUUUAUUUAAUCAAAUAAUAAAUGGUAAGACACAGAUUGAAGAUUGGGAAAUGGAUAGGUUAGAAAAUAGGUUUUAUUUAAAAAAAUUAUUGCCUCAAUUAAUACUAAAUCUGUGGGAACUUUAUCCUGAGUUAAAAUCUGCGAAACACGAUGAGGAAGCUGAAAGACUGAUAGAAAAGAAAGGAAUACGAUACGAUAGUAUCGUGAACUUUCCAUAUGAUUUAGGUAUUUUUAAAAACAUUACAGCACUUGUUGGUCAGCCUUUAUACUGGCUGUGGCCUUUUGGAGGACCAUCUGGAAAUGGUAUGAACUUCGAAAAAAAUGAAAUCGCACUUUUUGAUCCUGAUUCCUCACUACCAGUAUUUACUUUGGCCUUGCCAUGGCCACCUGAUAAAGGACGUCACAAUAAUAGCAAAACUUUAAAUACUGAUUCAAAUGUUGAAUUUAUAACAACAGAUGGGGAACAAGUGGUAAGAAAUAGAACACAUGCCAAAAAUCCAAUUUUAAGUAGAGAAGAAUGGUUUAAUGAAUGGGGAGAAAACUUGGAGGAUUUUGGCGUUGAUGUAGAAAUGGAAAACUAG